AUCGAUGAUCUUUUCUUGUCCAAAGAGACAUGAAUCUUUUGAUCUCCAUGUUGUAUGAAGUGGCAUGCUGCUGUUGAGCAACAUCUUCUAUAUAUUUCGUUCACUCAAACAAACUUAAACUUGUUUUGAGCUUGUUCACUCAGGCAUGCUAAGCGACAUCUUCCUCUUCCACUCAAACUACUUUUAGGCUUGUCCUCUUAGAUUUCAUGAUAGGCCCCAUAGGUUUAGGUAACUACCUCCCCCAAGAGCAAAAACACUAUUAAGAACUGAAAAAAAAUUUCUUGCGAGUGCUACGACAACUAGAAAGCCCUCCACACACCCACAUGACGACAUAUCAAGAAGAUCACAUCCUUACCCUUUGACCGAGUCAUACAACAGAUAUCAACACAUCUUCAAAGACCUAGAACAAGUAGAAACAUAAUAUUAUUAAUUUGUCAUAAAAAUCAACAUGAACAAGAUCAUGGACGUCGAUAUUGAAGGAGAGCAUAUGGCUGUGGACUCAGUGCCAGAUGUCUACCCUGCGCCUGGAGACGAGGAAGAUUUCGGAGCAGCAGCAGCAGCAGCUUCUAAAAAGACCAAAAUGGGUAGAAAAACCAAGGCAGCCAACAACUCCGCGUCUACUUUGGGAUUAGGUCCUGGGGGUGCAGGGGCUAGCAGCUCUACAACAGGCGGGACUGGUAACAAAAAGACCACAGGAGCAAGUGGAGGAGGCUCUGCGAGUUCUUCUAGUCUAGCAGUCGGGACGAGUACAUCAGCCAGCAGUGGUAAUGCAAGGAACAAGAAUACAUCACAGGCUGUUCUAUCAUCAAACGGCGCAGCUAGUAAUACUACUACAUCCGCAAAAAACGUCGGCAAUCAUGGUCGUGCUGGGUCGAAUAGCAGUGCUAGUUCAACUUCCGUUGUGGUGAACAACAGUCGCUCCGAAAAACGUGCUCGCUCAGCAAGCGUUGACGAUGGAGACAAACGGCGUAAAGGCGCAAAGAAGAAGACGACUAGAACUACAGUUAUAGAAGUCACAUUAGACGACCAAGUAGAUGAUGAUGGCGAUCAGAUUAUGAUCGAUGCAGCUGCUAGCUCUUCAUCAACCACGACCACACGUGCAGCUAGAGGGAUGAAGAAAGCACCUACAACAUCUACAAGGACACAACGUGCCACGUCAGCAAGAAAAGGGAGAAAGGCUACUACAACUGGUUCUAUUAAGGUCAACAUUUAGUAUCCAUCUUUCUCGGCAUCUCGGUACCCUUUUGUUCCCCUGUAUUCUUCUUAUGAAUAUUACAAGGUAAAAGGGGUCAAGAUGAGGGGACCCAGAUGCAAGCUAGCACACGCUAAUUUUAAGAGCAAGAAGCUCGUUGAUGAGACUGACGAUGAUGAGGAUGAAGAAGAAGAGCCAGCUGGAAAUACGAAGGCAACUUCUCCUAAGGCUGCCAAAAACAAUAAAGCCACAACAUCUAGUUCUUCCGCGACGACAAAUGCGAGAGGCAAGAAGGCCCCUGCUGGCAAGAGGCCGCAAAGCGCUAGAGGCAAGAAAAACCCUAAAGCCGCCAUUUGCGUGUCAGAUGAAGAUGAUGACGAUGAUGACGACCAAGAAAAAGGGUUACAACCACCAAAAACAAGUAAAAAUAACGCUACUUCUUCUACUAGAGCGAUGAAGAAAGCCACUCGCACAAGUAAGGUCAGUAUUCACGUCAACGACGAGGGAGAGGUGGUCAACCUAGUCCACCAUGUUGACGGAGAUGUAAGCAUGUUGAGCAGUUGCAAUACUAGUAUCGAUGUUGCGGAUAUGUCGAUUUCUUGUGACCAACACCUCCAAGGUGGAAUCCCAGUCCCUCUUCCGUCUGGAGGCAGCAGCAAAUUACUUGUUCCAGCAGCCGCUUCUUCAGCCUCUUCCUCUAGUAGCGCUUCCUCUUCUACCGUCAUGAAAUCGAGAAAGAAAGAAGUGACAACUUCUAUUAAGGCUUCACAGGUCCAUGUCCAUCUUGUUCGGCAUCACGCUGAACUGUUUCUUUUCUUUGAAAGUAGGGAAAGAAGGUUCCAGGAUGAUGGAUGCGCUUCAUUCAAGAUGGAUUUGUUUUUAUAGAAGGCUCCCCCUCCCUCAUGUCUAACUCUAGCACAUCUAGUUCCUCACUGGAAGCAGAGGAAGCGCGAGCAUCAUUCUGGCAGACAUUGCAUACGAUUUUGGUCACUCGCGGUUUCCUGACAGAACCAAAAAUGAUCGCCACAUUGGACGCGACGUCGAAGCAGUUUCGCAACUUGAACCGAGAACUGGAUGUUUGGAAGCGAGCUGGCGCACGUAGAUUUCAUGGGAUCGAAUUGGCUGGUACAACAUGUUGUCACUGUUCUCUUUGUCUAAGGCCCUACUUUAUUUUCACUACUAUGUUGAUGUAGACAUCAACAAGCUGAUGAUGGUUCCUUGAUUAUCACCUGCUCUACUACUAGCACUAGGCUACAGAACACUUCCUAACUACUCGUGCCGACAAUCUAGUACACCAUAGAUUCACAUCCACCCCAAGAGACUACACCUCAAGGUCGCAACCAACUAACCGACGGCGAAGCGUUUGUUAGCCAAAAAGUGAAGAGUCCUUCACAGUACAAGGGACGGUUUGCCCGAUUUGCGAAGCGCAUCUGUGAAUUUCGAUUGCCUCAGAAUAGUACGCCUUCAAACCGCGACUCUCUGUCGUCCUUGAGUGAGGAAUCCAAUUUCAUGACUGUGCACGCAGAAGAUAAGGACAAGAAGAACAAAGAUGGAGAAGCAGGUGAAAUUGGGCGGAACACUUAUGACACUGGAGGAAAGUGUGUAUGUGCUAGUGUUCGUUUGUUGAAUUAGAGACAAAUAGAAGGAGGAAUUGAAGUGAUUCGCAGACGCAAACUUACUAGCUUGCAGAUAUCAUGAUGAUCUAGAAGUUCAAGUUCGAAUCUAGUGCUACUCUUCUAGAAGACAGUGCGAGUCGUGUGCCACUCUACUAGAGAUAGAUCUGAUUCUGAAGAACAAGCACCUUUAUUUUCUCGAUCAACUAACAUGCCUGGUGCUUCGAAACAAGGACCCACUUCCUCUAAUCCUUCAGCGGCACUACCUCCACAAACAACGGAAAGGAGACUUCUACAAACGAGGAUAGGGAAACCUCGCGCCGAGGCGACUACAUGGAUGAAGACAUUGACUCUCCGUUGGCCAGUCAACUACCCAAGGACGAAAUGUUAAGCACAACACUUAGUGUGGUCCAUCUUUCUCGGCAUCUCGGUACCCUUUUGUUCCCCUGCAUUCUUGUUCUCAUGAAUAUUAUAAGGUCGUAAAAGCCUGACGACCUUCGUCGUUCUCCAUCAGGAGCAGCAGGAUCUUCAGUCGGGAAACAACAACAGCAACAACUGACAAUCCAACAACAAGCUAGAAUAGCGGGGUGAACUCAUCCGGGAAGUCUUAGGCUCUAAAAAUGAACGUGAGACACACGAGAGGUCGUGAAGAUCGUGGUGCUGUUCGGUUUGGAAGCUUUUUGUUUACCCAAAACCUUCGUGGUAUCAAGUCUGUCCGUCAGGAAGAUGAAGUGGCGUAUACGAAAGCAACACUGCAAAAGGGGGAGGUCGGAACUAUGCAGUUGUACGUGGAGAUUGAGGUACUUUAUGAUUAGUAUUUAGUUUGGACUAUUUUUUUAAGUAAGUUGUUUUAGGACUCAUAUGAGUUCGCUGUACAUCGGAGCAGACAUCAGCACAGGAUAUCGCAACACUGGACAGCGAUUUACGAAAAUCACGACUAAUAUGUAUCACACAAGCAAUAAUUGCCCACCUUCAGGUAACAGCCAACGCUGACAAUCUUUCACUCGCCAUCGUGGACUUCGACCAAGGUGGCAAGAGCAGUGUCACGUUUAGUCCGGACACUGGCGCUGUGAUCAAGGAAACGAAGGUGCAGGAACACCCCAGGAAGGUGGAAGGCAGCUAUAUACAGCCAUUGUCCAGGAAAAACACGAAAUUUCAAGGCAAAAUGGGCAUGUACAUCAAAGACGGACACCUGGCGUUUUUUAGAAAGUACUUUAUCAUGAGUUUUUUGGCCUUGGUUUUUGGUCGUACAAGAAGUACACUACAUCAAGCUCAAGAAGUAGCAGAAAAAAAUAUUGUAGUAUACUUUGGGAUGCGGAUGGUGUUGUUGUCUAGCUUGAAGAUGGUACUUCUGGUAUUACAAUCGAUAUCGAAGACAAGUGUAAAUAGUAAUAGACGCAAGAUUAAAAUCGAUUUCUUCGUCCAGAAAGAUUCAAUCCUAACUUGAUCGAGAUCGAUUUCGAUCCCAAACUGAUUCCGAAAAAAACAACCAGAUACGACCACCCCUCUCUCUCCACUGACUGGGAAUGCACCCAGUUCGUCCUUGCCUUCGACUGGGCUGAUGAGGGCAACCGCUUGACGCCAUGUAUCGCGUUUCGAGACAGUGGAGAGUAUGAAGCGGAACUAACCAGUUUCGGCCAUAAGAAAGCUCCUUUCGAACCUCCACCACCGAGUGAGAGUCCCUACUUCCAACCAGGUAGUGACUCCUUGUGGUCCCAAUUGCACUGGGAAGCUGCGGCUAGCGAUGACGACGAUGAGGAGGAAGAGGAGGAGUAAGGAUGAAAUUCAGAAGUGAUGAAAUACUUACUCUAACUUGGCCUUCCUCUGAAAUCAACGAAGAGUGACUUCCACUUCUAAAAAUUUUGACCCAAUUAGACUCACUUGUACAGCUAUAGUUCAGCAAGUAGUGACGAUAGACGCACUUAGGCUACAGGUACACACACAUCAUGAUAACAUUUAAUAGUUUUUCCGAACUUUCAAGUUAUUCACUGGUAACCCUGGUGAGAAGUGAACACAUCAUGUUCCUGGAAGAAGAACACCCACACUUAUACAUGAUCAUGAGAAAUCAUCCGUUGUAAGAAUUACUAUGAAUAUGCUUGAUGAUCCCUUAAUAUUAUAAUAAAAAGAGAGCUCUCAUCUAAACCAGCUGUGUUUGCGUAAUCGUGUAAAAAUUAGAACUAGAUGAAAAUUAGAAUAGUGCAUAUUAUUGCGAGUAAGACAAAUCACGUAUGAUCCGUAUCCUAAGAACUCGAAUUAAGAAUGAUAUUUUCUGCAGAACUUACUAACUUCUAUCUAUUACAUGAAAUCUUCCAUCAAGUUGUACUUGUAGUGCUGUUUCGAAAUCAUUUAGUGGUAUCCACAUUCGUCGCAUUAUGAGAUUCAUUCAAACAAAAAUUUAUGCAUGAACAGCAGGAUAGUUAUUCCGUACAUACUGUUGACCUCCAUUCUAUUAGACAAUAAACAUCUUCUUCAUGCUAUACAAAAUAUUGAUGAAAUUCUGAAUGAUCUGAAUAAAAGAUAUUGAUCUUGUCGAAGCACAACAACUAAGAGUAUUGCUAGGGCACCAGAGUGAGAGUUGUACAGUACAUAGUUGCGCCAGUGAAUGGUCUGGGAGGGCGGUGAUGGACUCCUCAAACAGUGAUAGCGAAGAAAAGUGUACCUGCAACGACAAUGCGACGGAGCCCUGCAGUAAGCCUGCAACACGGGCAUGCACAGUUUGCAAGUAGAAGUUGAGUUUUUGAAAACAGUGCAGGACCCUAAAUUAACCAAAGAGCCAGAAGAUUAUCAAAAAAACAUGUAUUUAUGCACAGUCCGCGCGAGUCUCGAAUGAACAGAACGAGGCAGCAGCAGGAGCACCAGACGAUUUUGUACAAAUAUCAUAUCUGAGUUGUAAACAUCAUGCCUUUGAUAUGCAACAUUUGACAACUCCUGGAGUCGAAUAACACACUGCUCUCCAU